AUGUCGCUUCGAUUGUUUGAUAGAGACCAGAUAGAUGUGACAUUUGAAGAGACUACAGCUAGUUCGACAAGAUUACGAAAGUGGCUCGAUGGCGUUCUAGAUGAUGUGACACACAUGAGGAUCUACAACGUGUCUGUCAUACAUUGGGCAUUGCUUGUUGUGUGGCUUUCUCUUUUGUUGAGCUUUGCUACAGUAUACGGGAGGUUAUACAGUGCUAGUGCGUUGGUUGCUACCCUUUGCGCCAACGUGUUACUCUUCGGAGUGUCUGAUAUCAUGGCGCAAACCAUUCAAAGCUUUCUUUCACACCGAAUAGAUCCACUGAGUCGGGCGUUUGACACUCCUUUUUUCAUUUCAGGGUUGGGCGAUGAGCUGGGCUUCACUAGAAGUGGCGAUGAAGACGAAGAAGUACAAUCUGAUCAUGACUAUACUGAUGGGGAUGAGGAUGACAAUCUUUCAGUUUUCAAUGAUUACGGUUCACCGAUGUCGAAUAGAGCAAUUGCAAACAUAAACUCGAGUGCUGACCUGUAUGAUGCACCGGACGCACCAGAAUCGCAUAUUUUUGCGUUUUAUCGAUGGAUUUGUUUUAUGUUCUGGGGGUUCAUUAUUUCCUUCUUUCAAGUCCCAUGGUACAAAUUUUUAAACUUUUUCUACACAGAAGACCCUAGCAUAAUUCAGGUACUUGAAAGGGUGCUCUCGGAUCAAUUACUUUAUUCUCCCAUCUCACUUUACUGUUUCUUCAUGUAUUCAAAUUAUGUCACAGAAUCUGGUGACGCUGCGACCUUUGAUAAAAAAAUUCAAAGACUGUUCAUCUCCACCUUGGGUUGCAAUUACUUGGUGUGGCCCAUGGUUCAAAUGAUCAACUUUUCAAUUGUUCCUAAACAUCUUCAAGUGCCAUUUAGUUCCUCAGUGGGGAUACUUUGGAACUGUUUCUUGUCAAUGAGAAAUGCAUCCGAGCCAUCUUAG